AUGUAUGUCAUGCAAAUGCAGUUAACUGUGUGGGAUAUAAUUUUUGCCCCAAAUUUUGGGACAGAAUUUAAUAAGGUAAAUUCAAAAGUAUUUUACGAAUCAGGAGAACACAGUGCUGUUCUUGUUGAUAAAAAGCUUUACUUUCUUGGUGGAUGGAGUUUGGAAGAUAAACAUUAUGCUUCAAACCAAUUGUUUUAUCUUGACGUCUCAAAAUCAUUUACUACAUUUGACGUAAGCUUAAUGCCUUGGACUGACCUUCAUUCGAUUUCAGGUAUAACUUAUAAAACUGCUGCAACAGCUUGUGUUUGUGAUACUACAAUUUAUUAUAUUGGUGGAUCUCAUUAUGGACGUCAUGUUAGUAAAUUUGAUACGAUAUCUCUGCAAUGGAGUGAACCUACUACUUCUGGAUCGAUACCUCCUACUUACGGGAGACCUGGAGAACAGAUGAAAUAUGUUCAAUGUGUAAUUUUAGGACAUAAAAUACAUAUUUAUGGUGGAUUUACUUCUCAUAAAAUGAAUAUAUUAGAUACUUCAAAUCUAUAUUGGUCUGCAUUUUCAUCUACACUUGGUGGUUGCCAAUCUAAUUCAAUUCAUGGG